AUGAGCAACAAGGCUGCCAACACAGCAGUCAAGCUCUUGACGGCAACAACAGGCGUCGCAGGCGCAAGUGGACUAUACCUGUUGUAUGACUAUAAGACUUGUCAUCCCAUGCGAAAGAUCAAGUAUGAACCGAGAGAAGGGCUCGUCAGACUGCACAACUCUUGUGUCAACCAGUUGCCUUAUUCCGUCUACACCAAGAUGUCUUUACGAGACCUGGAGUCUUUCAACGGCAAGAAUGGCAACGGUACCUACUUUAGUGCUGCUGGAAAGAUUUAUGACGUCUCUACGUCGGAUAUGUUUGCUUCGGCCUACUCUCGGUGGGCCGGUAGAGACGCCACUGUGGCUCUGGCCAAAAUGUCACUCAAGCCAGAAGAUAUCAGUAGGACGGAUAUUUGGAAAUCUUUGGAUGAGUCAGACCAAAAGUCUCUAGUGUCAUGGUUGAGUUACUUUGAUGAAAAGUACUACAUUCGAGGACGACUGAAAGAGUAUUACGAAGAGGACAACAAUGGCAGUGGCAAUCAGCAAUGA